GCUUUUUUUUUUUUUUUUUUUGUCAUCUGAAGACACUUUUGUUCUGGUUUUAGAAAGUUUUUACCAUUUAUUUUGUUCCAAGUACACCUAGCUUUUAUUUGGAGGAAAUGCAUCUAUAAGGGUGUCUCCUGCUGAUGCGUCUUCCACCAGAUCAUGCAUGAUAAAAAAAAAGGAGGUUUGAGAAAGUUAAGCAGCUGUUUUGUACUGCAUUAACUGGUUAUAACCUCCUAGAAAAACCACAAGUGAACUGAAGUACCCUGUAUUUUUAUUUUCAGAGUCAUUGCAAUACUUGUGUACAUUUUAUUUCACCUGAAAAUCAAUCCUUUGUAUUUCUUGUAAAUGUAGACUUAGUUCUAAGUUCCCAUGGUCAUGAAAAGCCUGUAGAAGUGUGUGAUUUCCAGGACUAGGUAUGUUUAUGAUACCAGCGAUCUCUGCUCUGACGUGUCCCACUGGCUAGAAAUUAUUUUAUACAGAAUGCUAAAUGUAUUCAAUGACUGAUAACUCAGAUCUGUGAUUAAGAGCAUGGUUCAAUUGAAUUAUAGCAAGUGGUAUAGAAUGCGAAAAUGUGCUUUGACUCUGGUUCAAUCAUUAAGUACAGUUAAUUCUCCCCAACAUUUAAUACAGGCUGUAAUACUCCAGUUGUGUAAUAUAUCUCUACCUUUGUUGAAUGGAAGAUGUUUUUUCCUCUCAAAUAGAGUUGUUGGAAAUUAGCCAGAGAGAACAGUACCCAUCCUUAACAGCAAUUUAAAACACCUGCCAAUUACAACAGUCAGAAGAGCUUAAAAAAAUACAUUAAAUGUGCAGUCAGUAAUUUUGUCCAAGUAAAAAUUUUUACUCCUAAAGAAAUUCAUGGGAAUCUUAAACCGGAUAUAACAUGAGAUGAAAACUCCAGUUAUAUAAGUAAUCUUAUAAAAGCAUUUUUAUUCUACAUGGAGAGGGUCUCCUCAUGGGGACUGCUAUGUUAGAAUCAUGUGACCAGCAGAAUACUACUGGCUUAAUCUCAAUUACGGCCUUGAUAUUGGCCACUUUCACUCUUGGAUUAAACUAUGGGAUCUGUAAGUAAAAACUGUCAAUUUUGAGCGAUGCUGCAUCCACGCUGCUAGGUGUCACUGAAAGUCCUAAGUGAUAAAUGCAAACGUUAAUAAGAGCAACUUUAAAGGAGCUAUACCACACGAGCAAGAGUGCUGGUCAGGCCUACGUCAGCGCGGCUGUAAGACAUUCUACAACAAACACAAAGGUAAACCUGCACGAGCAGAUAUGGCCUCAGAAUGUACGCAUAUCUAAAUGGUAUGAUGCUGUUUGUAAUGUGUAGAUCAACUUGUGGUCUUUCAAUGAAGAUAUCCUGACCAGUUCUGCUGCUGAAUGUCUGUGAUCGAUAUCGUUAUGUUCCAACUCUGAGAAAGACUUGUUUGACUUGAUCUUUCAUGUGUCUGCUGAGCUUGUGCUUGAAGUAUAGCCCUUUACAAAUGUGUGUCGAUGAUUACAGGUUGUACUCUCAAGACCAAUAUCAUUGAUGUGGUGUACGCCUCUAACAAUGAGCUGGUUUGAACCAAGACCCUAUACAGCACUCCUUACAGACAGUGGUAUGAGUCUCACUACGCCAUCCCACUUGGAAGGAAGAAGGGUGCCAAGCUGACUCCUGAGGAAGAGGAGACUCUGAACAAGAAGAGGUUGAAAAAGGUCCAGAAGAAGCUUAAUGAUCGCCGAAACAACAGCAAGAUCGGUCCCCUAUUGGAGGAGCAGUUCCAGCAAGGAAAGCUUCUUGCCUGCAUUGCCUCCAGACCGGGACAGUGUGGUAGGGCUGAUGGCUAUGUCCUCGAAGGCAAAGAACUGGAGUUCUACCUGAGACGGUUUAAAGCCAAGAAAGGUAAAUAA